AAAAAAACGGAAGUGCGCAUCGAGUACUUCGGCUGGCUGCCGGCUGGUCGCCAUAUUUGUGGCGAACUAUACUAAUUUCGGAAUACUAAAGUUUUCGUCGAUAUCGGCGAAAGGGAGUAUACAAAUACUCCCUUUAUUCUAUUGCUAGUGUUAAAUUUGUGUUUUUACCGUCAGGUAACGAGUAUUUGUACAGGGAAAAAGAUUUUUUUUCUUUGUCCAGUAUCAUAAACAUGGCUUUCUAAAAUGUCGGCUCUGUACGUAAUUACGUUGUCUCCUUGCGGAGUAUCCCGCUCAGCUUUUGUGGAUGUUGGAGGAAUUCAGAAUGGACAAAAAAACAUUAAAUCGUUCAAGUCAAUCUCAGUCGAGGGCAUCAGCCAUCGACUGUAAAAAGAGCACAGAGGUAACGCACAAACCUUGGCCACGAAACAAUAAGAAACGUGAAGGACCCAGCAGCACUCCAAAAAAUGAACCAUAUCGCAAAAAUGCACCUGCGCAGAGGGGUAGGGGACAAGUUGACAGGAGACCACGUCCUCGAGGUCCAGCUAAUUACGCAGUGGGUGGAACACAGAACACCGGGUUAGAAGAUGAAGAUGAGCCUGAGAUUGGCUCGGUGUUUGUGCCUGGAAGCAAAAAGCAAAAUUUGAACCAUUUGCUGAACUUCAUGUACCCAUCACGUGGGGGCACUGAGCGAAAUGAGCGUAGAGGGCCGCAAAUACAGCGUCGUCAAAUGCAACACCGCACUAACUAUCGGCAUGAGCAUGACCUUUACCUGCGUGCUUAUUGCCAAUUUGUGGUGAAGGAAGAUGGAGACUACAAAUUGAAUUUGCUGGAUCCUGAUGUGCCUAUCAAAUGGGACUUGGUUGAGGAAAUUGUAGUAAGAAGCACUGGUAGGUCGGAAUGUCCAAUAUGUUUGGGUGCCCCCGUGGCCGGGCGGGUGGGGCAUUGCGGCCACGUGUACUGCUGGGCGUGCGUGCUCCACUACACAGCGGCGCAUGAGAAACAACCGCCGCCCUGCCCCGUCUGCGCCACGCCGCUGCACGUCAGUGACAUGAAACCCACCAGGAUGUUGCAAUGGCCUGCACCUGCUGAGGAAGUAACCAUGCGUCUUGUGCGUCGCUUACGUGGGUCCACUACUGUGGAGGUCGCGCCACCACGUGGCCAAAUUACUGAAACAAUUCCAGAACCUAUUUUGCCUCUAGAGAACAUCAAUAAUGCACCUUACUGCAAAUUAUUUGCUGCUAAUAAAGAACAGGUGUAUGACAUUUUAAAAAGGGAAAGGAAAGAAAUUGAAGCUCAAAUUUUGGCUGAAAUUGACACCACUGAAAUUGUCUACUUGGAGCAGGCUUUAGAAAUGCUCAAGCAAAAAGAAGAAAACAUAAAUCUUCUUUAUUCUGAAGAAGCUUCAAAGGUUAUUGAUGCAGUAACUGAAGAUGCACCUCCAAUAAUUUAUGAAAAACAAAAAGUAAAUGAGAACAAGAUUGAUUGGUUUGAUGUGAAUGAACAAGGAGCUGCAUGUGUCGACAUAGUCCAAGAUAAGGUUGAACAACUAAAUAUUGAGUCCUCUUUAAACCCUGAUGCACCAGUAUUUACUGUAAGUGAAGACAAGCCAAAUGAUGAAGAGCUAUUGAUUGCUGGAAAUACUUCUGAGGACAUUGAAGUAGCAGCAGACGGCUCUGAUGUUGCUGAUAUUGACAAACAAAAUCAAGCUAAAUACUUCUAUUUCUAUCAAGAUGGCAAGCACUAGUGGGACAUGGCGCGUACGUAAAGUGCCUACGCCACCGCCUCCGCAGCCAGCCGAAGAGGAGGAAGGCACCUGCCCUCGCACACUUUGCCUUAGCGACGCCAUCGAGGCCGCUCUCCACGCUACUCCUUCGCCUUCUUCUAAGAAAAACAAAAAGACCAAGCAUAAAAUUCUUUUUGCCACUGGAAUGCAGAGAGCACCUUAAUUUUGUUCCUUAUUAUUAUCUCUUGUGUUAAUAUUUUAUAAAUUUUUAACAGCUUGUUCUAUACAUAAAAAAUAGUUUUAAAAGAAUUUAUAAAAAUUUGAAUACCUUAUAGAACUGCAAGUUUAAUUUUGCUGUUUAGUGACUAGUAAUUUGUUGGCGGCAAGAAUUGUGCUAAUGUAUUUUAGAAAUUAUGUUUUGUUGAAAUAAAUACGAUUGCUGUUCAAUAUUGUCAUCUUAUAACAUAUUCUGUGUAACCAAUUUCAACUUUGUAAAAA